AUGCUCAUGAGAAAGAUGUGGAUUGUGGAGGAGCGCAAGGACAAGACUGUAUACCGCCGUCGCUGCCCCACGGGUACCGAGGUCUUGUCCUUCUUCUUCGUAACCGCAUGCGCUUUGCUCUUCCUACUCAUAUGUACCAUCUUAUAUGGCACCCGCAGCCAGAACCCCUCGCUACCACCGUUGGUCAAGGAGUAUAUGCCUGCUGGCCGUUGCCAGUGCGAGUUUAGUACAACCUUCGCCUGCGAUACGUGUCUGGACUGCGCCGCUAGCCAGUCUGUCUUGGCCGCCAAUACGACCGAACUCGACAACCAGAAUUUGUGGACGUUUACCUACCCGCGCGACAAGAACAACUAUGGUCUGGACGAGGCACACUGUACGAGCGCAUUCCCGGGGCAGUAUGAGGAUAUAGAGCGGGCCGUCAAGGUGCGGGAUCGCUGGGGCAAGGUGACCGAGGCCGAGCUGAACAGCUUUGAGCUUACCAAGGGCAUGGUCAGGGCCAUGGUGUUUGACAGAGAGCUCUACAUCCUUGAGACGCACAUGGUCGAUAACGUUAACCGCCAAAAAGCUCUCGCCAUCCUUAGUGCCAUCUACCGCGCCCUCCUCGCUGCCCCUGCGAAUGCCGAUAUGCCAAACAUCGAGUUUGCCUUCUCUGUAGAAGACCUGCCCGCCCAGCCCGCGAAGCCUAUAUGGUCGCUCACCCGCCGCGUCCAAGACCACAGCCUCUGGUUGAUGCCAGAUUUUGGCUUCUGGAGUUGGGAUAUGCCUGCUUUGGGCACUCUGGACGAGGUGGCACGGGAAGCGGUACAGCGCGAGACCCGAGAGCCGUGGAAUCAGAAGAUUGAGAAGCUGGUCUGGAGAGGGAAAAUCACCUUUGCGCCUAAGUUGCGUAGAGCGCUACUCGACGCGGCCAAGGGCAAGCCGUGGAGCGAUGUUGGCCAGCUCAAGUGGACAGAUCCAAACUUCAAAGAUCAAUUCCUAGGGCCAGUGGACCAGUGCAACUACAUGUUCAUUGCACACGCCGAGGGUCGCUCCUAUUCUGGCUCUCUGAAGUACCGCCAACUCUGCCGUUCAGUAAUCGUAUCCCACAAACUCCAAUGGAUACAACACCACCAUUACCUCUUCCGCGCCAACGGAAGCAACCAAAAUUAUGUCGAAGUCGAGCGCGACUUUUCUGAUCUCGCCUCUGCAGUCGAGGACCUACUCGAUCAUCCUGAGAAGGCCAGGCGCAUCGCGGACAACUCUGUACAAGUCUUCAGAGAGCGUUAUCUGACACAGGCAGCCGAGGCUUGUUACUGGAGAAGACUGAUGACGAGAUGGAAGGAUGUCAUGUCUUGGGAGCCUGUCUUGUACAGCGGUAGCGACAAUGUGGACCGCAAGGAAAAGAAGAGGGGGGUUCGCUACGAGACGUUCAUGCUGUACGAACCAAAAGCUCAACUCUUCUACCCCCAGUCUGCUCAGUGAGCAUUCCAUAAUAUCAACGUCUUCCUUUGCCGAAUUGCACAGAACCGAACGCAUACGCAUCUCCGCCCUAUUCUUUUUGAGCGUGUUUUGUCCAGGAAGUACAUACCAUACGGAGAGAGAAGAACGAGAAGAGCAGAAUAGACGGCUUCAGCCAGAGAGUAAUCCCGCG